UGUGAGGGGCAGCCGGACGUGGCUCCGGAGAUGCCGAAGUCGUGCGCGGCCCGGCAGUGCUGCAACCGCUACAGCAGCCGCAGGAAGCAGCUCACCUUCCACCGGUUCCCGUUCAGCCGCCCGGAGCUGCUGAAGGAAUGGGUGCUGAACAUUGGCCGGGGCAACUUCAAGCCCAAGCAGCACACGGUCAUCUGCUCCGAGCACUUCAGACCCGAGUGCUUCAGUGCUUUUGGAAACCGCAAAAACCUGAAGCAUAAUGCCGUGCCCACGGUGUUUGCCUUUCAGGAUCCCACGCAGGUCCUCCCCGAGGCAGGGGCCGGGAAGUACAGCUCAGGGAGAAAUAUGGACACUGCACUGGAAGAGCUUCAGUUGCCCCCAAAUGCUAAAGGCCCCGUAAAGCAGGUCUUGCUACAGAGAACAGAAGCCACGGAGGCCCCUGGCCGGUUGGCCAGCGCCACAGGGCUGAGAAGUCCCCUCCCUGAGCAGCCAUCUGAUCACAGCUAUGCCCUUUUGGACUUAGAUGCCCUGAAAAAAAAACUCUUCCUGACUCUGAAGGAGAAUGCGAAGCUCCGCAGGCGUUUGAAGGCGCAGAGGCUGGCGAUGCAGAGGGUGUCCCGCCGCCUCCGUGCCCAGAGAGGGGCAGUGGGGACUCCAGGCCACACCUCCGCCUGAGCAGCGGAGCUGAGCCCGGAUGGGCAGCAGCACCCAGGCCAGGCAGUGGCUUUGGGGCUCUAGCUGUGGACAUUCCCAUCUGCUGCUGACACAAAGUGGCAGCGAGGCCCCAAGGGCAGGGGAUUAGCACAGCAACUGCUGUGUGCUGUGAGGUUAGAGGCAUCAGGCUGGGAGAACAGGGCCACGGGCGUGACAAGUUGUCCUCCCUGUGGUAACAGAAGCCCGUCUGUACUGCUGUCCUCUCAGCACAGCUGAGCAAGUGUUGAGGGGACCGCAGUGCGUGAGGAUCUGUCCCAGGCCCAGGGUAGCAGAUACUCCCCCACAGGAGGGGAAGCCAUUCUCCCAGAGUGCACUUCCUUGAGGGACAGCUGUGUCCAGGCAUAUACUUAGCUCGUGGGGUUCCUCCUGACCCUGCGCAUGGAGGGGACAAUGGCUGGCCCUGUGGCAGGGUGAGUGGGUCCCCUCCACGAGCCUGGACAGCCAGCUCUAUGUGGCAGAGACCAGUCUCUGUCCUACAGAGUGAAUCCUCUCCUGGCCUGGUUUGAGCACAUGAUGUAAUAAAGUGUCUCUCAUUUA